CAGGAAGUGUAGGUUGCUGCAACCUGUAUCCCUUGAGCAGCGGGUGCUCACACAACAGUUCUCAUGCUACUUGCAAGCAGAUCAUUUGAAGGCGCCCCAGCAACGUGCCCGGAGGAUGAAUGAAGCCUACAGCUCUGCUGCACCCCGGUCCAUGAGCAGCACCUCUCCCAGCACCAUGAAAAUGUUCAUGUGCUUCCUCGCUGUAUUUAUGGUAGUACAGACGAUCGGGACUGUACUCUUCUGUUUGUAUCUUCACAUGAAGAUGGAUAAGAUGGAAGAGGCGUUGAGCUUAAAUGAAGACUACAUCUUCCUGAGGAAAGUACAGAAAUGUCAAACAGCAGAAGGUCAGAAGUCGACGUUAUUGGACUGUGAAAAAAUUUUAAAAGGCUUCAAGGACCUCCAGUGCAAGGAUGGGGCAGCCAACAAGGAGUGGCCAAAGUUUGAAAUGCAAAGAGGCCACGAGCACCCCCACUCGAAGAGCAGGAAUGAGACAUCUGUGGCAGCCGAGAAGAGGCAGCCGAUUGCAGCCCACCUGGCAGGGCAGAGGAGCAGCAAGGCGGUGCCAGUGCUAGAGUGGAAGACGACGAGCUACGCCCCGAUGAACAGCUUGAUAUCCUACCACGAGGGGAAGCUGAAGGUGGAGAAGGCAGGGCUCUACUACAUCUACGCACAAGUCAGCUUCUGCACCAAGGCAGCGGCUUCGGCACCGUUUACCCUCUAUAUUUAUUUGUACCUCCCCAUGGAAGAGGACCGGCUCUUGCUGAAGGGACUCAACACGCACAGCACCUCCACGGCUGUUUGUGACCUCCAGUCCAUCCGGGAGGGAGGUGUCUUUGAGCUCCGGGAGGGCGACAUGAUCUUUGUCAACGUGACAGACUCAACGAUAGUGAACUACAGCCAUGGCAGCACCUACUUUGGCAUCUUCAAGCUGUAGGAGGGGGCCACUCCAAGCUGCCCCCCCCCCCAGGAGGCCCAGCCCGACUUUGUUGAGCCAAGUGGCUCUCCGUGUUUCCCGUAUUUAUGUUCCUCUGCCUCUUUAUUGUCCUUGUUUGUUAAUUUGUAUAUUUUGUUAUUUAUUAAUGGGGGCCAAGGGGCCCUAAGAACAGAAAUGGAACAAAGUUUGAAGCUGUCAUUGUCUGCA